AUGGCCUUGCAAAUGGAAAGACAAUUAGGACGGUUGGAGUACCAAAUUGAAAGGUUGAAAUGUGGGUAAUGGGAAGGGAAUGAUAUUGAGGGUUAUUUUGCUACUAACUUAAAUCAUAUUAUAACUUAUCUUUGAAUUAGAAACAGGCGGUUAACGCUCGUUUGUUUUUAGACAAGGUUUCGAAAGUUGCUCCAUUUGAAGACGAACUUUUCAACGAUCCGAGGGUUAGCAAUCUAAAGAUCAAUGUGGGAACAACAACGUUCUAUGUAAGUACAAAAAUUCUUUGAUUUUUUACUAGCACUUUUUAGGUUUGCAAACACCAGCUGGCCAAGAAAUCGCCGGUUUUCAAAUCCAUGUUUCUCUCGGGCUUGAAAGAAGCCGAAGAAGGUGUCCUGGAACUGCACGACGAUCCCGUUGCUGUAGAAGCCAUGUUGAAACACGUUUACAUGAAUUCGAAAAUCAAUGAUCUUCAGUUGGCAAUGAAUGUGCUACCCUUGGCGCACCGAUACGAUUUGAGUGACCUUAUGGUAAGUGGAUUGCUUUGGGAAUUUGUUGGAAAGUAGUGUGUUUCAAGAAAUUUUGUACAAAUUUUUUGCUUGUAUCUUUGUUUUCGCAGACACAAGAAAAAAAUGCAUAUACUUAAAACAGGGUGCAUUAUCUUUGGUCAAUUUUUCCAGAACGAAUGCGAAUUGGCGAUCUUGAAUGGGAUCUCUGACGAAAGCGCUGAGCAGACGCUUGAUUUGGCCAGAAAGUUUGACCUGAAGUUGGUUUUUGCAAAAAGCUGUCAGCAUCUUCUACUUAACGCCGAUCUGGGAAGUGCUACUAACGCCGAUCUGGGAAGUGAGACUAGUUGUCCCCAUGUUGCUACAGUAAGUUCCGGAAACAGGUGGCCCAACCGGAGCUCUCCUUGCGAAACCUGCGGUGAUGGCAAAGCUGCCUAUGCGUGCUUGGUGUGCCAGAGAGCAUUCUGCGGUGGUUAUACCUACGGUCAUGCAAUGGAGCACUAUGAAGACACCAAACAUUCGAUGGUGAUUAGGUUGUCCGACCUCUUUGUUUGGUGCUAUAGUUGUGCAUCGACAGUUAAUAGUCGCAAGCUUGACGAGACAAAGGAUUAUAUUUUUCAGGUUCAGUUCCGCAGCCUUUAG